AUAAAACAUAAUUAUAUUAAAAUCCAAAUAAGAUAGGAGUAUGAAAAGAGUUGUUAUAAAUACGACCAUACGAAUUAGCGAGUGCGAGCGAUCAUUCCCCAUCUCAUUGAUUACCAACUUAAAAAGGGAAAAAAAAAAUAAUGGGAAGAUGUCAAGGUAAACAACACUUCAGCCAUCCCCAUAUGUUGAAACUAAUUGUCGAUCCACCGGAAACACUCACUUGCAAUGCUUGUGACAAAUCAAACAUUAGCAGUAAUUUCUAUGGCUGCAAUAGCUGUCAAUAUUUCCUUCAUGAAAACUGCCUCAAUGCCCCGCGUUUUCUCGAUCAAUCAUAUCAUACUUCCCACCACUUGACCCUUCUUCCACUUCCAACUUACUCGAGUCGUUCCUAUACUUGCGAUGCUUGUGGCACUGCUGGCAAUGGCUUUAGCUUUAACUGUGCCCCUUGCGAAUUCGACAUCCAUAUGCAAUGUGCCCUUUUGCCCCAAAUUGUGUGCCUGUGCAAGCACCAUCAUCAUGAACUUCAGCUCAUUUUUGAAUCCCCUUUCGAUGAUGAAAACACAAUUUUUGUUUGUGAUAUCUGUCAAGACAAUGUAGAUCUUAGUUACUGGUUCUAUUAUUGUGUGCAUUGUGAUUUUGGCACGCAUCUCGAAUGUGCCAUUUCCAAAUCUGUCAUCCAACAAGAAGGGAAACUUGCAAGUCAAAUGGAUGUAGUGGAUUAAUUCGAUGUGCAGAAAAGAGGGCAUAAGCAAAGGAGAUGGUCGUCAAUUCAAUGAUCCCAAGCCUCUAAACUUCCCAGUUCUUUUUUUUUUUUCCCUCGUUAGUUUUUAAUGUGUACAUUCGAAAUAGUGAAUUCAUAUGUUUAUUCCUUUGACAAUUUAGCUUAUGAUAAGA